CUUAACAUGUCAGGAAGAGGAAAAUCUGGCGCCGGCAAAGUAAGGGCCAAGGCAAAGAGCCGCUCAUCCCGCGCCGGACUUCAAUUCCCAGUCGGGCGUGUUCACAGACUGUUGAGAAAAGGUAAUUAUGCUCAGCGUGUCGGUGCCGGAGCUCCGGUGUAUCUGGCGGCGGUACUUGAGUAUCUGACCGCUGAGAUCUUGGAGCUGGCUGGAAACGCAGCCCGCGAUAACAAAAAGACUAGAAUUAUCCCCCGUCACCUGCAGCUGGCUGUCCGUAACGACGAGGAGCUCAACAAACUGUUGGGCGGAGUGACCAUCGCUCAGGGUGGUGUGCUGCCCAACAUCCAGGCUGUCCUGCUGCCCAAGAAGACCGAGAAGGCCGGCAAGGCCAAGUAAAUGUCCGCACUGCUACCGACAACCUAAAGGCUCUUUUAAGAGCCACCCACUUCUCCUGAAAGAGUAAAUUCUUUGAACAAAUAAAUAACGUAUUUAAGAUGCAGAUUAUAAUUUUGACACUGAAGAUUGCACUGCAAGAGACAUUUCGUCACUUCUGUCUUCACCACGUGAUUGGUACCAAA